CAGAUAAGUGAUAGAUCACCGUGAUGACAGUUAGUUUUAUCAGAUAAGCUAUACUUCUAGAGUGAGGUGAUUGGGACCAAGUAUUGAAGAUUUCAAAAUGUUUAACAUUAUUCUAUGUGCGACCUUAAUUAUUUGUGCAGAAUCUUUAUCAUUAGCUGAAACAGAUACGCCAAAAUGCUUUCAAUAUACUUGGAUAGCACCUGCAUUUAAUAUUAAACCAGAUAAUUUUAAUUGUACAAAGCUUACAGAUUUUCCUUGUAUUGAGCCUCCAAUUAUAACAGAUAAACCACCAGAUCCGUAUGAAAUGGCGAAUGAUCAAACAAUGUUAUGUACUCUUACAUCUUCAAAUGUGUGUGUAAAAUAUACCUAUAGGUACAACGGGGGUAUUGCUAGAACAUCAGCAUUCUGUGGCAAAGUAAUCGAAGAUGAUCUGCUACCUGUAACAUCAGGAUGUUAUCAACAACGGGUAAACAGUCAUGAUCGUGAAGUAUGUGCUUGCCAAACUAGAAGAGGAGAAAACCCUUGCAACAUGUCAGUACAAACGGAAUAUUCUAUUCUCUUAAUCAUUACAGUGUUAAUAUUUACAUUUAUGAAGUUUACUUCUUAAUGUUGUUAUAUAUAUAAAAUAUACAUAUAUAUGACUUAAGUUGUUAUCAUAAUUUAAAUAUAUGAUUUAUGCUAACUAUACACAAUGUAAAACAUGUAUAUUUAUAUUGUAUUGGUUUUACUGUUUUUGCUAAGUGUUAAUAAUAAAUAAAAUUUUAAAUACA